AACGGUUAUUACGUCACGAGUGUGCGACAGACAGCCACCUAGCUACGCAGUUGUUUGUUUUAUCGGAUUUGUUGGAAUUUUCCACUACGGAGAUUGUUUACAAUAAAGUCGAGAAGUAAACUUUGGAAUAACGCAAAAUAUACUUGAACAAAACCGGAAUCAAGCUUUCUGAGAUAUAGUUGUCAACUCUCUAGUGUUAAGUGUCGCAGUUCGCCCGUUUUUGUUUCGGACUUUGAGGAGCGGAUGGGGUUAACUCUAAAGUAGCUGUUAGCAUUUUGUGCUCAGAUUACCUGCUGACGCCUUGAGCUGGUUUAGCAUUUCGUAGUUGAGAUGGAGUUACUUGGAGUUGGCGGAGGAACAGGUGGAGUAGUAGUGAGCGGCGGUAACGUUCCAGCUUUUCUUACUAAACUGUGGACCCUCGUGGAAGACCCGGAGACCGACCCUCUUAUCUGCUGGAGUCCGAGUGGAACCAGCUUCCAUGUGUUCGAUCAGGGACGGUUCUCCAAAGAGGUUCUGCCAAAGUUCUUUAAACACAACAACAUGGCUAGCUUCAUACGACAGCUCAACAUGUAUGGUUUCCGUAAGGUGGUGCACAUCGAGCAGGGUGGCUUGGUGAAACCAGAGAAAGAUGACACGGAGUUCCAACAUCCAUUUUUCGUCAGAGGGCAAGAGCAGCUGCUGGAGAACAUCAAACGGAAAGUCACCAAUGUGUCGUCAGUCCGUCAAGAAGAAAUGAAGAUCUCAUCAGAUGAAGUCAGCAAAAUCCUGAGCGACGUCCAGCUGAUGAAAGGAAAACAGGAAACAAUCGACUCCAGGAUCAUCGCCAUGAAACAUGAGAAUGAGGCUUUAUGGAGGGAGGUUGCCAGUCUGAGACAGAAACAUGCUCAGCAACAGAAAGUUGUCAACAAGCUGAUCCAGUUUCUGGUGUCUCUUGUCCACACCAACAGAAUCAUGGGAGUCAAGAGGAAGAUUCCUCUGAUGCUCAAUGAUUCUAGCUCCGCCCACUCUGUGCCGAAGUACAGCCGGCCUUUGACGCUGGAGCACAUUCAGAACGCAGCCGCCAAUCUCCUCCCUGCAGACUCACCGCUGAAUUCUGGACCGAUCAUCUCAGACAUCACAGAGGAAGCCCCGUCCUCCCCAGAAGAUGCAGGCACUGACUGGACUGACCUAGAAGAGAGCCAUUUGGCUUUUAUCAAAGAGGAGCCAUCCAGUCCUGAGGUGGAGGAGUGUCCUGUUCUUGAGGUCGAGCAGGAUUCACCCCCAGCAAAUGUAGACACCCCUCUCUCCCCCACCACCUUCAUCAACUCUAUCCUUCAGGAUGACAUGCAGCCCCCACAGGUCACCUCCUCCACCACCACCACAGCUACCAGCACCAACAACGCAGCAGCCACCCCUAUUGUUGUGAUGAGCCCUGCCUCUACUGGGCCAGUUCAGUCAGCUUCAACCAUCAAAUCACCGGCCCCUGUUGCCAGCUCAAACUCUGCCUCGGUCCCGAGCCCCGCCACACGUCAGCGGAAAUGUCAGACCAUCGCCCGUCUUGACAGGUUCCACCCCCCACCGACUGCAGGUGGACUCCCACCUGAAGUUUGGCGCAUCCUCUCGAAACAUCCUGAGAAAUGUGAACUCACUGAUCACGUCGACAAUAUUGACAACGGUUUAGAAAACCUGCAGGGGAUUUUAAACUCUCAAACCCUCGCCUUCGACACGUUUCCCCUCAUGGAGUUUUUCAGUUCGUCCAUUCCCUCUGCAGACUUUGACAUUGAAAGUUUGGAUAAUCUGUUGUCUGAUGAAGUCUCUAAAGAAAAUGAAGAUAAAACAGGGAAGCAGCUGGUGCAGUACACUGCUGCGCCUCUGCUUCUGACUGAGCCAGUGAUUCUGGGGGAUGGCGACGCUGACCUCCCGUCCCUCCUGGAGUACGAGACGGAGCCUUUGUUCAACUCCGACGCAGCCACAGACGACCCGCCCGACAUCCUGCUGAGCCCCAUCCAAUUGGACUCUAACCUCUAAUAUCCUCAAGAAUGUAAUGACUCCUCAGUAACAACAGAACACUGAGCAUCAGCUCAGCAGCAGCGAUAGAUGAUGACGAAAUUGAUGGGAUGUAGAUCAAUCAUUAAGUCACGUUUUUAUUAAGCAAAUGUUAUUCGUUGAUAUUAAUCCAUUUCUAUACUUUAGGACUUUUAUUUUAGGCUUUUUUUUGUGUUUGACACCUAAAUCAAAACUUUUCUUUGUUGCUUGUUGUAAAAAAGAUAAUAAGUAAAAAACAAAAAAAAGUCUGAAAAUCCUAAAAAAAACAAAACAAUUGGUCACAUGUUACCUGCUGGUGUUUUCAGGGACAUAUCACGGGGCAGACGCUAUGAUGUCACAGUACAGGUGAGUCAGGAUCAUGUGACCCGGGUGCUGUCUGCUCUGCAUGUUUAGCUCGCAUUCGAUGGCGGUAUUUGUUUUCACAUGUAUAAUUUAAACAUAAAGAAGAGGAUCAGAAUAUUUUUGGAAAGGUUUAUUGCAGAGUGUUUAUCCUCCUCCGGUUACUUGAUGAUUAGUGGAAGCAGCAGAUAGAGACACCUUGAUCCAGAAUUAAGGUCUGCUGAGUGGUUUCCUGCGUAUGUUUCACCCGGACCCCUGAUUAGGCAUGGGCCGGUAUGAAAUUCUGAUUAAAAGUACCACGGUAUCACUGUGUGUACGCAAAGGUUAAAAACAAACAUGCAUGACACAAUCCAACAGUUUUUAUUUAAAAUAGGUGUGCAAAAAAUAUUCCUACUCCUACUAAAAUUGAUCAUUGCAGUUAUUAGAAGGUUAUCAGUUAAAUCUUUGAUUAUUUUUUAUUUUAAUACAUAGCCAGAAAUAUAGAAUAAACCCUCGCUAACUUUGGUAAUUUAAUUCAUAAUAUUUAAUGUACAACAAGCAUUUAAAUGUUUCUUGUACUAAACAUUGUACCUUUUGUCAAUGUUUUGCAACAGGAAAGUUAAAAGAGGGAAAAGGGGCAGAAGUUUUAUUUCUUAAAUUCUUUUUGGUACUUUCUGUGCCAUCUCAUUGAAAGAAUUUAAAACCGAACGAACAACAUGGCAGAAAAUGUCAUCAGUUUUUCGAACCGUAGCUUGUUUGGUACGCUUUGAUACCAGCAGCCGGCCCAUGCCUAGUCCUCACAGUGCUGGAGUUUUGAAAGAAACUUCGAGUACCUCCAGAACAAAGAUGAGACGAAAAGCUCUGAGAAUGUGUAAUAUGGGGUUUUUGGUUUGUUAUGCUGAAGAGACUGGACCACUACUUGUUUUUAUUAGAAGUUUCCUGUGUCUAAUAAACUGGCCUCCAGCAGCUCCGUCAGUUUGUAGUUCUCCACAUUUUGGAUCCAUUUUUCCAAAGUGACUUUAAAUGUGGUAACACAGCUCUACUAUUAGGGCAUUUCUGUGUAAUGGUACUUUGUUGGUUCCAGUUUUCAGGUCAGCGUUGCCAGAUCUAUGGCAACAUGUAUUUCAGGACAUCAGGUGUCGCGUUUCAGUUUUAAUGAAACAUAUUUGAGGCUGUUGUUACUUACCGUCUCAAGCGGGGAUUCACCUUUUAUUCCUAAACACUCACUCAGUGUGUUUUACUUGGAGAAACUUCCAUCAGUUGCUGAAGGGUGGUUGGAGCUUAAAGUGAAGUGUAGCUCCUCCUGACAGAGAUAUCAUUUAAAAUGUAAACAUGUAUGAGGGAAGCUUGAUUUGAUCGAGUAUCACAAUGGCAAAGAGGUGUGUUUGAGAACAUUGCUGCAACAAGGGCUGCACGAUAUUAAGAAAACAUGAGAUUGCAAUUUUACUAAGGAAUAUUGCGAUGGCGUUUUUGUUAUUAAGCCAAGUUUUUCUAACUCUUUAACCUUUCUGUCUUCACUGCUCUCCAAGAGGAGCAUCAUAGAUAUCUAUGUCAGGUGUGGAGAUGUCCAUCCAACCAGCCAAAUACAGUUACAUCCUAAUAAUUUAGUAAUCAUUGAAAAGUUUCACUUAUUGUAGUAAUUCAGUACAAAAAGGCAAAAUAUUAUAUAUUCAUUACACACAAAGGGAUAUACUUCCAGUGCUCAUUUCUGGUAAUGUUGAUGAUUAUGGCUUGCAGCUAUUGAAAAAAGAAAUUCAGUUUCUCAGAAAAUGUAAAUAUUACUAUAAAAAAUGUUUUUAAUACUGAAUUGGGCCUAACAGUAAAAGUAAAGGUAAGCCCAUGCACCGUAGAGGAUAUGCGCUAAAUACUUGGUUGGGCCUGCUUUUGCAUCAUUUUGGAGUGGCAUAGAGGUGAUCAGCCUGUGGUUCUGCUGAGGUGUAAUUAAAGCCCAAUAUGCUCUAAUGGAGGCUUUCAGCUCAUCUGGAAUGUUGGGUCUGCUGUCUCAUCUUUCUCUUGACAAAACUCCAUAGAUUCUCUGUCAGUUUGCUGAUCUAUCGCUAACAGUGAUACAUGGUCAUACAAGCAGGUAUUUGUUUUUGGCAAUAUGGGCAGAUGCUAAAUCCUUCUUGAAAACAAAAUCAGCAUCUCCAUAAAGCUCAUCAGCAGAGAAGUUUUAGUGCUCUUAAAUCCAAUUCCAAGUCUUGUGAAUUUCAACCAGACUCUUGAAUGGACGUUGCUUCACAGCCUUGUUGCGGCUGUGUUUAUUCCUGUUGCUUGUUCAUUUUUUUUCAACCACACUUUUUCCUUCCACCCAACUUCCUAUUGAUAUCACUGGUAUCCAUCUGUGAACAACCAGCUUCUUUAGCUUUGACCUGUUGUGGUUUAACCACCUUGUGGAGGGUGUUGGUCACUUUCAGUCUUCUCCAUGGUUGUGCAGGCCUUAAUAUUUCUGGGCACAGUUUUUGUAGCGCUUUUGUAAUAUUCAAAUUUUCUGAAACCUUAACUUUAGGAUUUAAUUUGCUGAGAGUCACAAUGAUCUAAAUGAGAUAAACGCUUGAAACAAAACACUGUGUAUAAUGAAUGUAUAAGAAGUUCACUUUUAAGAAUGAAAUUACUGCAAUGAACUUUUUGGGACUCUUGAAUUUGAUUUAAUUUGUUCCUUUUCAGAUGGAUUCAUCUAAGUUGCAUUUCUGAAAUGUCCUAAACGUUGUAAUAAAUUCUCUGUUUAAAUAUCGCUACAAGUUUAACCAAGCACAAGUUAAUGACAAUGUGGUGGCUCCUGAUGUCCUGAAUCAAUAAUCCUCAGAUAUUCUACAGGUUUGUCAGAUGCUGUACAUACAGGAAGCUCUCUGCCAUAUAAAAUCCACAGUAAUAGUAUUUUGAUUUUGCUUUUAAUUUCAACAAACAAGCCAUUUAAUUUACCUGACAGCUCUCUGUGUUGGAGAGAGGAGGGCCGAAUGUUGAGGUAUACUGGUUGGAAAACUUGUUCAAUAAAUUGUUUUAAACACC